GAGGGGGCUAUGUAAUCAUGGUUCAAUACUGCAAUCUCGGGCAUUAGGCUUUACGGAGGUAGAGCUGAAUAACCAGCUGGAGGAUCUCCGAACCCAACGUGGGACAGAGCAAGAAGGUGAAUGUCUUGUUGAUGAUGAGGACUCAAAGCCACCACCUCAACCUACAGAUGGUACAAAUAACAGCAGUUUGAGUCUCAAUGAAGUCCAAUAUUUUGUUGGAGAUUUUGUGUAUCUCACUCCCCCAGAUAAGAAUUGUGAGUACCCAAUAUUGCACAUUGAGCGCUUGUGGACCAACAGUGAAGGGAGACAAAUGGUUUAUGGUUGCAACUACUACAGGCCUGCUGAAACAUUCCACCAACCUAAUCGCAAGUUUUUUGAGCAGGAGGUUUUUAAGACUGACCAACAUCAUGCUUAUCCUCUCACUGAGGUUGUGGGUAAAUGUUAUGUUUUACCUACUGUGGACUACAUGAAAAUGAGACCAGAAAAUGUAGAUGAAAAAGAUGUCUAUGUAUGUGAGUCACGUUACAACAGCAGAAAUAGGUUCUUCAAGAAAAUAAAAUCUUUUCCAUUUAAUGUCGGAGAACGUGUCAAGUUAAUAGAGCGUGAUGAACCUCUUGAAAUGAAGCGUGUGGAUUCUAUAUUUAAGGAAAGAAUUGAAAGGCACAAGGAAGAAUUGGCAGAGCUUGAUGAAGAAACAAAGCUGAUCAGGCGCUCUUUACCUAAUGUAGUCAAAUCACAACCUGAUGGUGUAUCAGGUCACACUUACUAUGAACAAUACAAUAUUUCUUCGGGCACAGUCAAAUUGGGAGACUUCGUGUAUGUUAAAGGAAGAGAAACUGCAAAAAAAUCAAUUCGCCAGAUCUGCCAGUUAUGGGUCACAGCUGAGGGAACAUGCUACUUCUUGGGCACCAUUUACAAGAGUGCACAUCACAGCAAUCCUAGUGGUGAACAUUUAUUUUAUAAGCAAGAAGUUUACCUCACUGCAGGAGUAGAGACUCUGCCUAUCUCAGACAUUUCUGGGCGUUGUGCUAUACUUGACUAUAAGGAAUACUGCUCUGCCAGGCCAACAGAGAUACGUGAGAGUGACAUAUACAUCUGUGAUAACUUUUUGGAUGAGAUGAACCAGCGUGUUAGUGCACUGCAAAGUGGACUACGCAAGUUCAAGUUAUCUUCACUUGUAACUCCUGAUGAAGUUUAUUUCUUCAGGAAACCAGUUGUAAUUCAUAAGUAUGAUCCUACAGUGCCAUUGGUGAAGAAACAGUCUUUGAGUUAUGUAUUAAUGGCGGAAGUGUUACCCAACGUACAUGUGAUCCAAUCUUCAUUGCACCCCCUCCAAAGACACAUCGACUACUGCACUCUGAAGCUUACAUCAAAUACAUUGAAAAUCUGGAUAAACCUUUUCUAAGCAACUGGGAGAGACAUCUGAUGGCAACACAAGAGAAUACAGUUAUAAAUGAUUCAGGACGUCUUCCUGCUAACUGGCUGGCAAAUGGUCCAGGAUCCCAUGGCAUGGUUGUUACUGCUUUGUGGGCCCUCAGAGAGUACAUGAUGAAGGACUCCUUAGGCAUUGCAAAGAUUUUGUGACCCGAUACAAGGCAUGGAGACAUGAGAAAGGAGGAUAUUACAAAAUUAAUCUGUGAAGGUAUUGGUACUCAAGCCAGCACAUCUUCAGUGGGUGGUCUUCCCAAAGGAUUUUCAUUCACAGUAUCAACUUCAGUAAAUGAACUUGGCUGAAUGUUUAUUCAAUCAUUUUUAAGUAGCUGUGUAGAUGCUUUCAGUAUCUACUUCUGUAACUGACUUGGCUGAAUUUUCAGUCUCACAUUUUAAGUGGUUGUAAAGUUGCCAUAACAUUGCUAUCACAUAAGUAAAUGUCAUAAUGGUCUUUUUAUUGUAUGUCAUUCAUUUAUUAGUGCCUCAUUCUAGGGCUGUAUACAUGCAGGUAA